ACCGAACGGACGCUUCGCCGGUUGCCUGGCGACGAGAGGAGCGCGCGCGCCCGACGGAGCGGAACGGCCGCUUUCCCCGCCGCUGCUUGGCUGCCCCGCCGCCCCCGCGACUGAUCAUCUGCGCAGCACCAAAUAGGGAUCAAUUACUGGAAUAGAGUGGAAAACACACCACCAAAGGCAGGAUGGGAAAGACAGCUCUGAGGAGAGAUUAAUUAGUCGGCGAUUGCAUCAGAUGGCUGCCUUUCUUUCUGAAAUGCAUCUUUGGUCUUUGAAGAGCACCUUACGUGCAGAAGACCAAGACAUUGGGAUCUAUCACUACUGCGACAGGAAAGAACCAGAGUCACCACGAAACCCGGGUUACUUACAAGAGAAGCAACAGUUCGCACAAUCUCGAGAUUAUCCAUGGGUGCUUAAGAAUAAACGCCCGGAAAAGCUGCACGAUACGCUUAAGGAGCUAGAGGAAUUGAUGCAAAACAGACCGUGCGUGCUGAGCAGAUGGAAGAACAAAUACGUCUGUCAGCUCCUCUUUCAUUCAGGUGUGCUGGUGUCCCUAAGCGUUUCUGGGCCGCAGCUGGAACGAGUGGUGAUUGACAGAACUCUUGUGGGGAAGCUCAUCUCAGACACCAUCAGCGAUGCUGUUCUCAACGACAGUUUCCUGAUCUUGUCAUUCUGGGACCAGACCAAGCUCUGUUUCGUUCACUUCACCAAGAAGGCAAGUUCUCCCGACGUGAACAAAAGGCUUGAAAAACUCUCGUCUUUGGAUUUUAAGAUUCUGAGUUACGUCCGUACAGGCGGAGAUCCCCUUGACGCCGGAUUUAGUCUUAGUCAACCUUACCAGGUCUAUACUGUUGAACGUUCGCUCAGUCCAGAUCAAGACCCCGUGGCUGACAGUUGCGUCUAUGAAUACGUUAGGAAUAAAGUUCAGUGUGUGGCAGUCUCCAAAAUACCGCUACGAUCAAAGGCCAUCAGCUGUUGCAGAAGCCACAUGGAAGACAAAGUGGUCCUGGGAUGUGAAGAUUCUUCGAUUGUCUUGUACGAAUCCUACCGCCAAGUAAUGCUCACUGCAGAGGCCGAAUUGUUGCCUUCAUUAAUGUGCUGUCAUCCCAGCGGAGCCCUGGUGCUCGUGGGCAGCUCCCAAGGGGAACUGCAACUGUUUGACAUGGCAUUGUCCCCCAUUAAAAUGCAGCUCUUGGCAGAAGACUUCUCGCCUAAAGCCACGUUGCAGCUCAGCAAACACUUUGAAAUAUCCAGCAGUCUCGUCCAGAUCCAGUGGGCCGCCCCUCAGGUUCCACCCCAAAGCGCGGAGGAGGUGGACGUCCACGAUCUUCUGUUACUUCAGUUCGACAAGGGACCUAUUGGAGGGCUUCGUUUCAAAACUGGUGUUUUCCCAAGAGGCCAUUUUGGCCUAGUUGAGAUCAUCCAGGAGUAUAUUCAUCAAGACGAGAUGGAUGAAGCAAUUAAUAUCCUGAGCGGCAUGAACUGGAACACAAUGGGGCAUCAGUGCUACGUGAGCCUCAGUGCGAUAGUGAAUCAUCUUCUCAGACAAAAGCUGACGCCUGAGAGAGAAGCACAGCUAGAGGCAAGCCUCGGAACGUUUUACGCGCCGACGAGGCCUCUCUCGGAGACGACGGUGUUGGGAUACAGGGAUCCUGUCAGCAGAUACGCGAGAAGAUUCUUCCACCAUCUGCUGAGGUAUCAACGAUUUGAAAAGGCUUUUCUGCUUGCUGUUGAUAUGGGUGCCCGUGACUUAUUUAUGGACAUCCAUUACUUUGCGCUAGAUAAGGGCGAAUUGGCACUAGCUGAAGUAGCAAAGAAAAAGGCGGACGCCAUUGACACAGAAUCAAUAACCGCUGGAGCUGAAAUUCUACGACACAAAGACAGAGAAGACGCCUUAAGCGAGACUUUUGCAGACUUGGCAAUAUCACCUCCAGAGGACCGGAGGUUUCAAAGCAGUCUCCUGCUCUCUGGCUCCAAUUCUCUUUGUUCCACAUAUGCGACACAGAACAGCUCUGCCAGAGAAACAGACGACAAGGAAAGUGAUUUGCUAAUGAACAUGAGACAGCUACACAAACCCAUCUCUUGGUGUCCAACAGAUGCUUCUGAGGAAACACGUGAUGGACAGGCGACCAGUUCUGUCAAGGUGGUGCACUUUGGUCUGGUUUGAGCCAAGAAUCUGAUGCCUCAGAACCUGCAAGAACAUUGAGAAAGAACCCAACACCUGUUCUGUUAAAGAGCCAACGGAUGAUAACAUUCAAAUCACGCUGUGACAAACAUUAAGCUCCUUCAGUUCUGUUUAUUUCUAUAAGUUAAGCACAUACUUAAGUCUUCUCCCAUCGAAAUCAACAGAACUUCCCCAGAUUUAACUUUGGCUGGAUACUACGUACCAUAUUUUAAACCAGAGGCAUAGCUAGACCAGAGUGCGCCCGGUGCACACUCUGGCUUUUGUGCCCGCCCCUCCUGUGGUGCCCCCCGCGGUGCCCCCCACCCACCCCCCGGCACCCCCCCCACGCACCCCC